AUUUAUCACAUCACUUCAAAUUGUAGGAAUAACUACAACUCAUAUUACUUUGUGUCAUUAUUGAAAACCGUAGUUUGUUUACUAUUUUGUUUUAUGCCAACAAUUUACCAGUUAGUGUGAUGGCAAAUGUUCGGUUGGGGGAAUAGUUUGCUGGAAGUGACAACUUAGCGGGUUUUGAAUUUGUAAUUCCUUACAUUACUAAAAGGUCCAUGCACGGCCGUUCUAGUUUUCAGGCCCUUUGAUUUCAUUCCGUUUUAGUGUUAUGAAUAUUGUACAAUGCAUCUUAGUGUUAAUAAAUCAGACUAUUUACCAUCAUUGAUAGUGCAGAAAUCAGCUGUUAACUUCUAUAUUGGUCUUUGCCUCGCCUUAUUGUCGACCUUAUUCAUUGGAACUAGUUUUAUAUUUAAAAAGCUUGCACUUCGUCGAAGUUCUAGGAAUGGAUUUAGUGCUGGUGAUGGAUCCCUUAGUUAUUUGUGUGAAUGGAUGUGGUGGAUGGGUUUUAUUCUAAUGGGUAUUGGUGAAUUUGCCAAUUUUGUAGCGUAUACAUUCGCUCCAGCUAUACUAGUGACACCGUUAGGUGCAUUAUCUGUACUUGUUAGUGCACUGUUAAGUGUACGUUUUUUAAAUGAACGUUUAAAUUGUAUCGGUGGAUUUGGAUGUGGUAUAUGUUUAUUAGGUUCAACUUUAAUUGUAUUACAUGCACCAAAAGAACAAAAUUUAACAUCAUUACAUGAAAUGUGGUUAAGAGCUACCGAUCCAUCUUUCAUUAUCUACAGUUUAUUCGUUAUAUUAAUGUCCAUUGUAUUGAUUUUUAUUUUGGGUCCACGUUAUGGCAAAACAAACCCAAUUAUCUUCACAUUGGUCAGUGGAAGUAUUGGCUCAUUGUCAGUUGUUGCUUGUAAAGGUAUUGGUGUAGGAUUAAAAAAUGCAUUCACUGUUGGCUUUUCAUCGAUGUUCUCAUCAUGGUUUUUUUGGUUUCUGAUGAUCUGGCUUAUUGUUGCAAUCACAAUACAAAUGUAUUAUUUAAAUCGAGCAUUGGAUUUAUUCAGUACUGGCAUAAUUACACCGUUACUAUAUGUGUUCUUUACUGGCUUUGUAAUUAUUGCAUCAACAGUGUUAUUUCAUGAAUUGUAUGCAUUGAAUUAUAUGGAUUAUGUUGGUUUAAUAUUCGGUUUGAUAUUCACAGUGUUAGGUAUUGUUAUGAUUACUGUGCUAAAGGUGAGUGUCAGUAUGUUGAUUUGUUUAAGUGGUAUACAACUUUGUACUAAGAAUCAAAUAAUUUACUAAUGAAGAAAAAAAAACAAAAAAAAAAGAAACCAAUUUUUAAAACAAAAACCCGAAAAGUUUUUCACGCCUCUUCUCUCUCUCUCUCUGUCAGACGGAACUGAAUUAUGUGCUAUCUAUACUUGUGCAGUUUUGAGCACUAAUUCUAUGAUAUUAGAGACAUUAGAAUUGUUUUAUUUGUGAUUCAGUGUAACAAAUUGAUUUAGUUCGUUUAGCACAUUAAGAGUGUUGUACAUUUUGUCAAGGUUUUAAAUGUAAUUAGUCAGUUUGAUCAUCAGAAAUCUUGUAGAUGAGAAGUAUCUAUUUAUAAAUUAUGAAAAUUGGAUCAGUAGUCGUAUGCAGGUUCAUAUACUGAAAGAGUUAAGUCAUACUUGUUGUGUGUUAGCAAUAAAGAUAUUACCACAUCUCUUAUUUGCCUAAACAUAAGCUGGUCCUGUUCUGAAAUUAAUUAUUUAAACUACUGAUCCUAAAUACUUCAGUGAUACGGUCUUUCAUUAUUAAGAUAUGCCUUGCUAGCAAACAUCAACUAUGAUGAGACAUAAGUCUAAAAUUCUUGAAAAUGAACUCGGGAAAUCGAUGCUUGGGUAUUGGUUUCCUUUUACUGAGAACGUGUUGACUUUUUGGUAUGUGUUUUUAAUUAGGCUUGACUCAGAUCAAUAUUGACUCCGCCUGUAGCUCUUCUAGGGUCACUGUUGG